AUGGUGUUUGAAAAUGUGAGUGUUGUGCUUCAAAGAAAGCUCCCACCAAAACUGAAGGAUCCGGGCAGUUUUUCUAUCAAUAUCACCAUUGGAGACAAGCUAGUUGAAAAGGCUAUGCUUGACUUGGGGGCUAGCAUCAAUUUAAUGCCCUAUUCAGUGUAUCUUCAAUUAGGUUUGGGGGGUUUGAAGGCAACAACUAUUUCAUUGCAACUUGCUGAUCGAUCAGUGAAAUAUCCAAAAGGUAUAGUGGAAGAUAUCUUAGUUCAAGUCGACAAACUAAUUUUGCCUGCUGAUUUUGUAGUGUUGGACAUGGAAGAGGCUCCUCUACAUGAUCAUGAGUUACCUAUUUUGCUUGGGAGACCCUUUAUGGCCACGGCAAAGACGAUCAUAGAUGUGCAAAAUGGUCUCCUCACCAUGACUGUACUAGGAGAAACUGUACAAUUCAAAGUGUUUGAAUCUCUUUCUCACCCUUCUAGUUCAAUUGAUUGUUGUUUGAUUGAUGUGCUUGAUUCACUUGUUUUCUCUAAGUUUUUGCUGGGACAAUCCAAUGAUCCAUUACAAUAUGUUUUGAGUCAAUCUCAAAAUGACUUUGAUGAACAAGUGCUCAUGGAGAUGGUGGCUGCCUUGGAAGCAUUAAAACCAUACCCCUCGACUUUUUCAUCUCUUAUAGAGCCAUUAGGACCAUCUGCCGCACAUCUAAUCCCUUUUGUUGGUAAACCUCCAAAACUUGAGCUUAAACCACUUCCAUCACAUCUAAAAUAUGCUUACCUAGCUGAGUUUGAAACUCUCCCAGUUAUCAUAGCAUCUGACCUCACUCCUUUGGAAGAAGAUAAGCUAAUUAGGGUGCUAAAAGAGUUCAAAUCAACCAUUGGUAAAUUGAAGUCUAGAUGGGUUGGACCGUUCAAAGUGCUACAAGUAUUUCCCCAUGGAGCUAUGGAGAUAGAAAACAUCAAGAAUGGCACCCAUUUUAAGGUUAAUGGACAGCGUUUGAAGCCUUAUUUGGAGAAUGUUUCACAGGAGCAGGUUUAUGUCGUUAUAGAUUCUCUCGAGUUUAUGGCAACUUAG